AUUUUUUUAUUAUCUUUUUAUUGAUAAGUACCCAAAGCAGGUACCAGGUAUUAUAUUUUUCUUAUCAUGUCUCUUCUUUAUUAAUUGCUUUGCUCUUCCGCAAUCUUGUCUCGUUGCUCUUCGAGCUUCGAGCUAUCUGGCGACAAGUUUCGCUUCAAGUAAUCCCUCUUCGCCAGAUCCUAAGAUAAUCUCUCUCCCUCUCCAUGUUAUAUUGAUAUUUUACCGGGCAUAACAAUUACCUAUGAAGCCUUAGUUAUUUUCACUUUUCUUUUACUUAUUAUAGUCCAACCCGUUAUCGUUGCUUCGACUCCUGUUAGUUCAACAAACUAUAGACAAUGUUUUGGCACAAGAAGGAGGAAGAGGAACAAGUGGUGUCCUCAGAGGUCCUCGCUGAUGAUGCAGCUCCUCCAAUCGACCACAAGCCCUUCUGGCAAGCAAUUUGGCCUGUUCUCGCUUGCGGCGCUGGUCUCUUUUCCGACGGUUACGUCAACAAUGUCAUCGGUUCCGUAAACACGGUGCUAAAAUACGAGUACGGAGAUGUCUACAGCAGCUCCAACGCCGCCAGCGUGGUACCAGCUAUCGCCUUCGCUGGAACGGUGGUCGGUCAACUUUUAUUCGGGUACCUGUCCGACAAGUGGUCGCGCAAGGAUUCCCUUCUUAUUUCCACCAUCAUCCUUAUCCUUUUUACCGCUCUCGCUGCUGGUUCAUACUACCGCGGCGAUGCCGUGGGUAUGUUUAACAUUUUGACCGCAUGGCGCUUCUUUGUUGGUAUUGGUAUUGGAGGCGAGUAUCCCGCUGGUAGCGUGAGUUGCGCGGAGUCCAGCGGUGAGCUGAAGGGAGGCACUCGAAAUACCUGGUUCAUCUUGUUUACAAACUCUAUGAUUGACUGGGGUUUUGUAUUCGGAGCAUUCGUCCCAUACGUCGUCGCUGCUGCAGCCCAUAAUACUCACUACAGCACAAUAUGGAGAACGAGCUUGGGAAUCGGCGUCGCUUUCCCUCUGGUCCUCUUCCUUUUGCGUCUUAAGCUGAAGGAACCUGAGGAAUUUUCGAGGAACUCGAUGAAGCACGUCAAAACUCCGUAUCUCCUAGUGAUGAAAUAUUAUGGGUUUCGGUUGCUCAUCGUCAGUCUCAUCUGGUUCGUAUACGAUUUUUCUGCCUACUCGUUCUCAAUUUACUCAAGUGCCAUUCUGUCCAAUAUUUAUGGAGAUACUGGCGUCUUAACAACUAUUUUCGGAUGGAACACGGUUAUCAACUUGUUUUACAUUCCGGGAACUAUGCUUGGGGCUCCAAUUAGCGAUCGUCUAGGCCCUCGAUAUACCCUCAUCUUGGGCCAGACUCUACAGGCGGUCGUGGGCUUCAUCAUGGCUGGUUGCUAUGCAAGGUUAUCCCACCCUUCGGUGGUUGGUGCAUUUGCAGUAGUAUACGGUAUUUUCUUGUCUCUUGGCGAGUUGGGACCAGGAAACAACAUUGGUCUUUUGGCUGCCAAAACUUGCGCCACGGGCGUCAGGGGACAAUACUACGGUAUCGCUGCAGCGCUUGGGAAGAUUGGCGCUUUCGUGGGCACCUACGUGUUCAAGUAUAUCAAUUCGUCAGACGGUGAUGAUGUCAAAUCAGCACAGUACAAAUUCUACGUCAGCUCGAGCUUAUGUGUCUUCGCCUCCGCGCUCGCGCUACUGCUCCCCAAUAUCGACCAGGACACCAUUACAAAAGAGGAUGCCAACUUCAGGGCGUACUUGGAGAGCAAAGGUUGGGAUACGAGACAGCUCGGCUUGAAGAAGGGGGAGAGUAUCGAAUCGAUACCGGCGGAAGCUGAGGACAACACCGUCAAGGUGGCGAAGGCCGAAUAAAUAGGUACCUACCUAAGGUAAGUAACCUGAGGUAAGUAGGGGUGAUUGGCUGAACGUUUCGUUGGAUACCCCCUUUCUAGACUAGAUAGAUUAAAUAGUUUAGAUGGUGAUUUUAUUUUGGAUGACGAGUAGAGUAUUAUAAAAUAUAUUACCUAUACUCCUCCAUUCUGGUUUAACAGGUACCUAAGUAAAUACUACCUACU